GUUAAACUUCUCAUUUCAGUACGAGGAUGCCGUCCUGGGAAGAUUGUUCAGAUGACCGAAGCAGAAGUUCGGGGCUUGUGCAUAAAAUCACGGGAAAUAUUUCUUAGUCAGCCUAUUCUCCUGGAACUAGAGGCACCUCUAAAAAUUUGUGGUGAUAUUCAUGGUCAGUAUACAGACUUGCUUCGAUUAUUUGAAUAUGGAGGAUUCCCACCAGAAGCUAAUUAUCUUUUCCUUGGCGAUUAUGUAGACAGAGGCAAACAGUCUCUGGAAACAAUUUGCCUAUUACUGGCAUAUAAAAUCAAGUACCCGGAAAACUUCUUUCUCUUAAGAGGAAAUCAUGAGUGUGCUAGCAUCAAUCGGAUCUAUGGAUUCUACGAUGAAUGCAAGCGAAGAUUUAACAUUAAACUGUGGAAGACCUUCACAGACUGUUUCAACUGUCUGCCUAUUGCAGCCAUUGUGGAUGAGAAGAUCUUCUGUUGUCAUGGAGGACUGUCUCCAGAUCUCCAGUCAAUGGAGCAGAUCCGGAGAAUUAUGAGACCUACGGAUGUUCCUGACACAGGUGAGCAAUGUGGAAUUUACUGUAAAUAGGUCUUA